AUGCAGCGCUUCAGAAAGUAUUUCUUACGAUACUACGAUCAAGUUCGGUGCUUUGAUACGUUGGAGCCAGCUUUUGCCGUUUGUGGUGAAUUUCAGCUGGAGGACAGUAGCAACGAAAGAAGUUGCAAAAGUAUCGAAGAUGUGAUUGAGAAAUUCAGAAUUGCCUUUGGUGUUCCCAAAAUUAGAACUUGCCAAGCAAAGAAAGUAACGCGCAAAUUUGAUAGAAAUCGAACCUUGCAACCAAAAUUCAAUCUUGAAGUGUGUCAGAGUUGUGGAAGCUACCAUGAUAUUGGCAAAAUAUGCGCUGUCUGCUACAGAAAAGUGCACGAAUUAACUAAUUUAAUGAAGUCGAAAAUCAUGGCAUAUAAUCCAUAUAUUGGUGAACGGCAGUCAACAAAUGUGAAAUUCGAAGAUGAUCCACGGGAUGGUUCGGGUACAGAAACUCAAGACACCAGUCCAAGAUGUAUGGGACGAAUUGUUGAAUUAGGUGUGCCAAGGCCUACAUGGUUCAAGCCUAAAUUUGUCGAACCUUCCGUACUUGGUAAAAAAUAG